CCUACCCCAGAUUUCCUUCCAAUUCAGCCUCCUAAAGUUCUUGAUCGCAGCCCAGGAAUGGCCAUCCAUAAUCCAACUGGAUGAUCGAAUAUUAUCCCUUCCCCGGUUUAGGUUCACACCUAAUCGCUACUCCAAAAAGCCUAACGUAAUGCACACUAUCCACAGCUCCUUGACCGCCGCCCAUUAGCAAAGAACAACAUCUAGGGCAACAAGCAGUCAAAAUGCCCGUCCAAGCAGCCAUGGAUGCAAUUCCGGAGUUUCCCGUGAAGGGCGAUGCAACAGCCGUGGCCGCCAACAGCACGAACACAACUACCACCAACACGACCCUCCCCGAAACCAACAAAAGCGACUCCCACAGCUCCACCUUAACUUCAACAUCAAGCAACCUUCUCGCAACCUUAACCGCCCUCCUCACCCCCCUCCAAACAGCCAUGGACAAGCAUCUCCCAGAAUCCUCCAAAUCAUACCUCUCAUCCUUCAUAGACACCUACUCAGCUCGCCUCUCCGCUCACCCCCACAUAACAACCUUCGUCACAAUCCAACUAUUAUUCGCGGCCCUACCGCUACUUCUCUUCACCCUCUUCGCGAUAGGCACGAUACUCUUCUCGCUAGUCCUGACGUUCCUGGGCGCUGUAGCACUAAGUGCGCUAGUUAUCGGCGGUGCGUUACUGGUUCUUGUACCCGUCACGGUUUCGGGGACUGUUGUGGCAGGGAUGAUGUGGAUUGGAUGUUGGAUGGGUUGGUAUGGGGUGGUAUGGACUGCGCUGGCUUUUGGGAGGCUCGUUGGGAAUAAUAACUCCGACCAGCGGAAUGGGAGAACUAGGGAGAAUGAUGAAGAUGGGGUUGUGACGGGGAAGUGGGAGGGAAAGUGGGAGGAGUGGAUGAGGAAGGAGAAAGAGGGAGAAGAGAGAAGGGAUUUACGUCGAAUGGAAAAUGAAAAGGCAGGCUGGUCGAAGUUGGAUGGUUGUCAUAAUGUCAUUGAUGAUGGGUCACGGAUUGCCGGUGUUUCCUCCGGUUUAUCAAUGUAAAUAAUUCACUGAGCAACCACUAGAAAUGGAAAACAUGGGAAAUUAUAUGUCUACGCGUAAGUUUGCGGUAUGAUAUCAUUAAGUAUUAUUCUGCAUUUAGCUAGGCUCAUUUUAUGAUGCAUGUAAUGGUUUUUUUUCUUUUUUCUUUUUUCUUUUUCUUUCGAACUUCCACAAAUAUUAACUUCCAAGUACUGUUGCAAAAACAAUCUGGC